AUAUGAAAGAUGAUACAAUCACACCGGAUGAAGGAAAUCUUCGUUCAUCUAGAGCUAGUGGAAGUGAAAUUUUAAACAAUAUUAAUUCAGUACUGAGAAAUAGACAACGUCAACCUUCUGUACAAUCUCAACCUACUGUUUAUAACCAAUUUAUUAUACAAAUUGAUCAAUAUAAACACAAAAUAUAUACUUACGGAAAAUUACCAUUUUUGAUUAUUUUAAUUCCCGUAAUAGCAUAUAUAUUUUACAGAUUCAACACCCCGAAGCCGUCUCAAUUACCAUUAUCGGAUAUUAACGCACCAGCCAUACUCUUAAUCGGAAAAGCGGGCGCUGGCAAAAGUACAUUAGGAAAUUUAUUGUUGGGAACCUAUGAAGAUGAAAAACCGACUUUCAAUUUCUCUGAUAGCUUUUCAACGGUUACUCAGAACUCUAGCUUUGCGAGGAUUCAAAUUGGUGAUGAAAAUUAUAACAUUGUCGAUACGCCAGGAAUUUUUGACACUGAUAACCCCAACGAAGUUGUCCUAGAAAAAAUUUCUCGAACCAUCCAAAAAUGUGCUUAUGGGAUUAAAGCCAUAUUAUUUGUAAUUGAAGCAAAACGGUUCACGAUAGAACAAAAGGAAAUGGUCGACAGAAUAAAAUUAUUUCUAGGAAAAGAGUCUCUCCAAUACAUGAUUUCUGUCUUUUCCCAUUGUAGUCGUAAGCAGACCGAAGAUCUUGAGUAUUUUAAAAAGUUUUCUUGGAAUCAGGAAAUAAAGGCUUUCGUCAAUUCCAUGGGUAGUCGGUGGGCCAUUUCUCCGAAUCCAGAAAGUUACCCACCUAAUAAUCCUGUACGUAAGCAACGCCUCGAAGAUUUAAAAAAUCAUAUCGUCUCUAUAGAUGGAAAGUAUACGAAUGAACUGCUCGAAAAGGUCUGGAAAGAACAGGAAGAAAAUGAAAGAAAAACGAGAGAAGAGGAAGUGAAACGACAAAAAGAAUACGAUGAAAGUAAAAAGAGAGAAGGCGAAGCUAUUGCAAGGAAAAAUUAUGAGAAGCAGAGAGCAGAAGAUGAGAGAAAAGCAAAUGAAAGACGAAAAAUGGAAAUAAAAAAUAUUAAGGAUACUUUACUUAUACAAAUAAAUAUCCUAAGUGAGAAGGUGGCUAAUCUAACCAAGGAUAAUGAGAGCCUUAAUGAGAAAGUGGCUAAUCUUACCAAGGAACACGAAAGGGGAGAACACGAAAAGGCUGAACACGAAAAGGCUAAAGAGAAUCAAAAUUGUUUUGGGCUUGAGACACAAGUCGAACUUGAAUCAGGAAGGAUUAUUCAAAUGUCAGAACUUAAAACAGGAGAUCGGGUGUUAUCAAACAUAAGAAAUGGUAUUGCUGAAUACUCUGAAGUUUGUCUUAUUGCUCAUAUUGGUAAACUCGAACAUGAAGAGGAAUUUGCUAAAAUCAGCUUUACUAGACCGGAUGGAUCUAAAGGUCAAUUACGGCUUACAACUACUCAUUAUGUCUUUGAUGAAAAUUUAUCGAUCAUACUUGCCAAAGAUCUGCGUCCCGGAGAAACAAAAAUAUUGGUAUCAAAUGAUAACAAUAAGCUAGUUUCAGUCUUUGUGGAUGAUGUAACAAUCGAAUUGCAUGAUAAGUACAUUCGUUUCCACACACGAGCUGAGUCAGUUAUCGCCGAUGGUGUACUUUGUUCCUGUUAUGACCAAUGUCCACCGUCUCAAACGCUCAUGGAUUUGGUUUUUUUACCGAUACGUUUGUGGACUUAUUUUAUACCAACCAAGUAGAACGACUUCAUCCAUAUGUUAAAUUCUUUGAGACUAUAUACCUUUCAUUUAUAAGUUAUGGAAAAAGGCAAACGAACUUAUUAAAUACUAGAUCUAGAUUAGGAGGAUCAAAAAUAUAAAUAGAUUUAGUUUAGAUGAUAAUAUUUUCUUUAUUAGAAUAAGAUAACCUGUUUAACCUACAAAAUGAACUAAAUAAUGAUAUUUUGUCAAUAAAUUGGGAAUAAUUUGGUUUAUUAUUGAUAGUAAGCAGCUCCUAUAUAAAU